AGUGAGCUAUAUUUUAUAUGUCAGUGCCAGUUCGAUCCGAUGGGGACGCUUAGCAAGUAUUUCUACGAGGCCACCAGGAAUAAAACGUGCCGGGAUAUGCUUCAUCCUGGCUGUACGUGCUUCGAGGCAGGAAAAAUUUACAUUUGGCAGGGUCUAAUUGGUGCAAUGCGUCACUACCUUCCCGGAGCGGUGACGGCGUUACUGUUUCGCAUGAAGCACUGGGACGAUACGGAGGUGUGGAGAAGUUUCCUGACGCAAUACGUCCGAUGUAUCAUCGCGGGUCUGCCGAUGACGGCCGGAAGUUUCCAUUUCUUCUGUGGCUUCUACAAUCUUUUUGGUCGUUUCUCAGCACCCUUCUUUGUGUUUAUACCGUCAAUGUUGGGAGCCUGCACGUGUAUGUGGCUUCCGCGAUCAAUUGUCCGUACCCAGGGAAUUGGACUCUUCAAUAUGUACAUCGAAUUCCUCAUCAAGCGAUCACGCAGCAGCACGAUAGCAGCUAUGCGGAACUCAAGACUAGCGGGAACGUUAUUGUUCUGUAUACUCAGCGCCGCAAUGAUGCCAACCCAACAGUACCUUCAGGUCAACCGGUUCUGGUUCGCAACUAUCCACAAAGACGUUGAGCAAGACCUCAAUAACAAUAGCAUGGAAGCCGAAAAAGGACAGUGCAAACAUCACCCAGGUCGAAGUUGCUUGCAACACAUCUUCGGACAGGUCAAACGAUCCUUCUAUUUCGGACUGACGAUUUGCUUGCUCAAAAAUGUUUUACCACGUAUAACGUUAGCCAUCAAACAGCCAAUCAGUUUUCUCAGGAUAAUCAUGUCACGGUUCGAUUACGGCUUAAUCGGCUUUUUCACCUGCUACAAAGCACUCUUCGAAGUGAUCAAUUGCUUCCUAACAGAGAACUGUCAAUUUAAUCCAUUGACUCGAUCUAUGAUCACCGGUUUCAUCAGUGGGGCGUCUUACUGUCUUUAUCCAAACUAUCUCCUUUUCACUUAUCCCAUCACGGAACUGAUCGAGUUGUACUGGAUGAUCUACAUGAAAUCCAGCCUGCCGAAACCAAAGGUGGCCAUGCUAUUGGAUCGACUACCAACCGUCAUGCUGAUGUAUGCCUUCAGCAUUGGAAUGAUGUAUCACCUGAGAGUAGUCUAUCCGUACUACACCAACCGCUACUGUCACAAGCUGAUGGACAUUGGAACAAGUGGACGGUCGGAAGUGUUGGCUAGGGGUUAUGCUGAAAUUAUGAUGGGAUACCGGGAUUAGGUUAAAAAUCGUUUUUUUUUAUUUAUUGUCAAUUUUGUAAAUUGUCGAAAUUAUGUAAAUAAAUUGAAUAAUGACGAUUUAAACAUUGAA